AUGAGGGGCUCAAAGACUGCCUCGCCCGCUUCUGCAGGCUCAGCACGAGGAAGGGGCACCAGACUUCCUCGUGCGAUGCUGGAAACCGUGCUUGACCGUAACGCACGACGAGUAGCGGACGGCGCCGUCGGCUCGGGCAAGGCGUCGGUGGUAAGGGGCAGAGGCAAGAUCAGAGCAGGCUCCUCGAAGACGUGGGCUCGACCGGCUUCGACAUACGCUGAAGAUGCCGGUCAGGAUGAGGACACGACGGGCAGCGAGUCAGAAAGCGCUCAGAGCGGCUCGGAUCGCAGAGACCGCUUCGAGGCUACGACAGAACAGAAUCGCUAUGUACAACUCAAGCCAGAACGCGAGGAAGAACGCAAGCAGGCCAUACGUAGCGGCCUCAUACCCGAUCCUGACAAGCGACAUACCCUCGAUGAAGCCAUCACCUUUGUCGGAACUUGCAUGGACAUGUGUCCUGCCUUUGAGCGGGAAGAGCGGGAAUAUCAGAAGAAUGUCGACAAGCUCGAACUCACGCCGGGAACGAACCGCAUAGACGCCAGUAGAGCAGUCAAGGCUUUCCAUCGACCUGCGGCAGGCAACGAACAGCCCUUGCCGUCUGAUGUGCGCCCGCCAGAAGUCCUCAAGCUCACGCUCGACUAUCUAUUCGAGACAGUUCUAGCAAGCGAUCCUGGCUUAUCGGAGACCCAUCCCUUCAUCAGAGAUCGAACGCGCUCGAUCCGACAAGACUUCACGAUGCAACACGAGCGAGGCCCCAUCGCUAUUGAAUGUCACGAACGGAUAGCUCGAUAUCAUAUCCUCUGUCUGCACGUCUUGCGUGAUAGAGAGUCUUUCAGCGAAAGUCAAGAACUCGAGCAACUCCGCAAAGUUCUACAAUCGCUCAACGAGUUCUACGAAGAUGCACUGUUCGAGCGAAUGGACUGUCCGAACGAAGCCGAGUUCAGGUCAUACUCGCUCAUAGUACAUCUGCGCGAUUCAGACGUCAUCAGACAAACCGAAGCGCUACCAGCUCGCCUUUUCGAUAGUCAAUCGAUGCAGACCGCGCUGAGGCUGCACUCGCUAGCCCAGCGCAAUAACGAUGGUCGUGGGCGCCGUGCAGCAAACAGCGAAGCCUGUCUCAACCAUUUUACGCGCUUUUUCAAGUUACUGCAAGCCGAAAGCACGACUUUCCUCCUCGCCUGCUUGUGCGAAUCGCAUUUCAGCGAUAUCAGACGGGGCGCUCUUAAAGCGAUGAUGCGCUCAAAUCUGAGCAAUCUACCGCCGUAUCCGCUUGCUGUUCUGACGAGAAUGCUGGGCUUUGACUCGACUGAAGAGUGCGCUGACUUUUGCGUUGCUUUCGGUCUCGGUGUCAUAGACGACGCAGUCGAGCUCAAUCGUUCAUCUUCCUUUACUGAAUUCCCGGCUCUAAUACCGAUGACACGCUCUGAGCGGAUCGUGGGUAUCAAGCAGGGCUUAACAACCUUUGAGCAGAUCCUAAGCGCAAGCGCAAUCAUGAUGCAUUCAAGUCCGCCGCCUCCAAGCAAGCCAUCGCCUUUGCGUGCAGCCGCUCCCAUCUUCGUCCCUCGGCCUGCAGCCAAAAUCACUCCGCCCCGUACGCCGCUUGUCAGGGCAAAGAGCAAGACCCCGCCGAUACACAAGUCUGCAGCCCCGUCCCUGAUCCAGAAACAGCGGAAGAGCGCUAGUCCGCCCGUGCAGGUUGUCAUGCGAGAUGCGGUACCGCUACACGCACCAGAUACAAGUCAGAGCUCGCCUAUCGCCUUCCGCACUCCGCAGCGGCAGUUGUUGGAGCCGCAGACAGCUUUAGCAAGCCGAGCGCCCCUCAGCAGAAAAUCGCCAACCGUCAGUCCGCACAGGGCUGUCGUUUCCAAAGACAGCGAGGCUCAAUCUGUACAAGAUCAGAUCAUUGAAGAGCUCGCGGAUCUCAUGCUACAGCGUACAAUCCAUUCUGGUAUCCAUCAUAUCGUCACGCAAGCAGUUAUAGAUCUACGAGCAGCCCGGCGGGAGCAGAUCGCACUGAGUCGAGCACAACUUAUCGAGCAGAUCAGCGAAGACGUCGUUGAAGAGAUACUCGGCGACUAUGCACACCGACACGCUUGCUGCCAAGUGCUGUCUAUUGCAGGAGCAAGGCGCAUGAGAAGAGCGCACUGGUCUAUCUGGCGCGCCUCGGUGAAACGGGCACUAGAAGCGCGCCAGAAAGCCAGACAAGUAGCUCAGCACUUUUCCGACGUAUCGCGAGAUUUGCCGGUCAAUACGCCGGUCCGGAAUAUGAACUCUGCAGACGCUCGAUUGCGGUCAUCCCGAUUAGAAAUAAAUGACAAGCCAUUGUUCGGCGAGGAAGAGAAUGCGCUGUCCCUCUUUUGGCAGCGUGGCACCUUCUUGGCCCCCUUGAUAGCAUGGGCCCUGCAUCUACAGACAUACUCGUCCAAGCAUCUGCAAAUUGCCUUUGUCGUUGAUUCUCUGUUGACGAGUUCUGCCACUUUCUGGCGGUGCAAGCUCGGCAUGGCGCCCGAAUGCGACGUGAUCUGCAUCGAGGAGGAUGCUUUGGAUCUCAGAAUAAGCUUGGUCGACUCAGAAGACGCCUUAAAGCUUGAUGAUCAGCCUCUCGUGUUGCUGGUAGUCGACAGCGACUCUGCCGAGCUUUGUGCCCGGAUCAUAGACAGCCUAAUCGGCUAUUGCCAGUUCAGUCCCGCUGUCAUUGUCAGCACAUGGACAGAUCAGCCAGACAUCGGCGUGCAUAAGGCUUUGCACACCUUCGUACCACUACUCGAUCUGCAGCUAUGCCUAUCAUCGACGAACGACGGCAACUUUGCCGCGCUCGUCAAGGCGCUACCUCAUCGCCUGCAAUCAAACGAAGACUCCGUGCCCGCGCUUACCUACGCCGCGCCUUCACUAAAUGCCUGCUACUUGCUGAUGCCGAGUGUGCUGAAUGCUCACUUGGAUUGCUCUAUUGGUGUCAUACUGUCUGUUGUUCAGCGAUUCCUGGCGCUACUUGACGCAAUAUUGGGUGCUUUCCUCGUUUGCGCAGGCGAGCACCGGUACACAGGCAUCGUCCGAUUUCACAGACUGGAGCCCGACGAUUCGCUCAUGUGUUUGGCCACGUAUGCACGCAGCGAGCGCUACGAGGAUCAAGACGAAUGUAUUCAAGCAUCUGAUCGAAUUGCCGAAGCACUGUCGCAGCCAGCUCAUCUUCAAACAAGCAGCGCUGUGCUUGCGCUUGAUUGGCUGCAACACUUCUGGCGUUUUGCAAGAAACCAGCUGAACAGGAUGCGGAUCUCCCAGAAUAAGAUGACCGGACUCAAUCCGCACGUCAACACUAUCUUGGAUCUGCGCAUCAGCGAAACGCGUCAAGAAUGCAGAAAGCUGAUCACUGCAACGACAGCCCACCGACGGCCGCAAACCACGAAGCGCCCUGCAGAAGUAAUCGAUCUGACAGCAGAUGACCCACCGCUCGGCCCCGCCAGAAAGCGAGAGAAGCGCGUUAGCUUGAAUACUUUGAUGAAUGCUAUCCAGGUGGCUCGAUCGACGCUCGAUGCCGAUCCCACAGAUGGAUCAGUUGCUUGUGCUACGCGUCGAGGUUGGCGCAGCUUCUUCACGGUCUCGACACUGUUCGACGUGCUGUACAUAUUCCUUGUCUGCUUUGCCUUCCAUUGGCCAGCAUUGGCAAGCAAGAAAGCCUUCGGGUUCUUCCGCCCUGCAUUUCUUAGCUUGGCGACUAUGCGAGCACACGAAGCAGCCCUCAGGAAGGCACUAUACGACAUGACGUACCGACCGUCGCCUCCGUCGCCUGAUCGUAUGGGGGCGUAUCGCGAGACUCCUGAGGCAACUUCGAGCAUUCAGUGGGAAAAUCUGAUAGUAGAGAGCUUUCCAAAGCAUUAUCCCUUUGUCGAUGUCUCGGAAACGACAGCCGGCCUCGAUUGCCUGACGGGUCUCGCCAGAAACAUGGCCAUUCCUGUCGGCAAGACCAUCAAUGAAACACUGAGCAUGACGCCUUGGGUCACGCGAGAAAUAGCCGCUUUGGGCGCUCUGUAUGUCCAGCGCAGCAUUCUCAAGAAGGCCUCAUUCUCUGCCCUAUUCCAUCGUAUGGGCUAUGGCGACUCGCUAGCUAUCGAUGGUGCCGGCCCUUCAAACAAGCUCAUGCUUCUGACGGCGAUCGCUUAUGUCAAAUUCUCGCACGACGGCUUUGCUCGCUGGCAAUUUGCCAAUAUCGGUCACCAUCGGCACGCAACGGCAGCAAAAGAUUGGCAAUCCUGCACCUUUAUGAACCUUUGUCAUGGCUUCGUGCAUUGCCUUCCCAUGCUUGGCUACAGGAUCACCUUGACCGAGCUAGAUCACUGUGCGACUGUAGGAGAGGCUCAGACCCUGUCGCUAUGCCUCAAGGAGCUCUUCUCCGGUAUGCCCAACUCUACGGCACGUUGA